AUGACUUCUGCAAAGCUAGCAGUCGCUUCCAAAAGGCUACCGUACAAUGGCCCGACUUAUACUCAUACUCACUCUCAGCUGGGGAGCCUGACAGGUCGCUCCGUCACUUCAAACCAUUUCGGAGGAUCAUCCACACCAUCCGAGACGGUACAAUUUCGUUCCAUCCCGUACGCUACAGUCCCAAAGCGUUUUGCCGCCUGUGAGAUGCUGACCGACAUACCUCCCGAUUUCGAUGGACGUCCACAUCGUGAUUUCACUCAAUUCGGCGCAGCAUGUCCUCAGGUUGCGGCAAUGAGUGCUACCUGGUUUGAAUCAUACGGCGGUCCUUUGCCAGAUGACCACGGGAUAGAUUUUGAUGAGUUUACUUGUCUCACAACGACGAUUUCGGUACCACAACAACACCUGGUCGGCCUGGAAGAGAGGAAAUAUCCAAAACCACUGCCGGUGAUGCUCUAUGUCCAUGGCGGUGGAGCACAAGAAGGUGUGGGCAGUGUGGACGGUCUCCAUUCGAACUCUCCACUGGCAGCAUACGCUUCUUCGAUAUCCAUGCCGGUCAUUACUGUCAAUAUUGGAUACCGUCUCGGCUGGUUCGGUAGCAUGGUCUGCCAGGAUAUGUUGGAGGAGUACAAGUCCGACCCCGAUCCAAGUCCACACGGACCUUUCAACCAUUUCAUCCAAGACCAGCGUGCUGCUUUCUGGUGGAUCCACCAGUUCAUUGGUGGCUUCGGCGGAGAUGCAUCAAAUAUCACCGCAUUCGGUGAGUCGGCAGGAGGUAUUUUCCUGGUUUACCAUAUCACAGGAUCUACCGAAAAGCUGUUCAAUCGUGCCAUCAUUCAAUCAGGAAACGUGCUAGGCCAUCUACCUUUCGAGCAAAAGGAGCUAGAAUAUCAGGGUUUGUUGAAGACGUUCAACAUCACUGGGUCAACAGCUCAAGGAAGACUGGAGCAGAUCAGGCAAAUCCCUGCGGAUGACUUGAUCAAGUAUCCUGGAGCCCACAUCUUUCCAUUGGUCGAUGGCAUCCCAGGAGUAGACGUACCGAAGCCUCUCUUUGCACGUGGACCGGUGACAUACACUCGCCAAACGGCAUUGAUCCAGUCGUGUGAAUGGCUGGAAGAGCUUGUGGUUGGUGACGAUUUCUGGGAAGGAUACGUAUUGACGGAUCGCAUUCGUUCUGCCACCGCACCGGCAUUUGUGACGGUUAUGUUGUCGACGUUUCCUCAAGCCGAGGCCGUAAAACUUCUCGAGGCCUACGACAUGCCUAGCACGGUUGAAUCUGCGGUGAGUAUCGAUCAGAACCUCUUCUUGCGCAACCUGACCCACCUGCUCGGCGACAUCAUGUUCUCGGGAUUGAUCCAACGGCUCACGACCACUCUCGGGCGCGACCAUGAGAGGCGGAAAGUCUACCGAUACUCGUUCGGCCUGUCGAACCCUUUCUUCGGUUCGGAUCACAGUUUCGUGACGGGUCACCACUUUGUAGAGAUCCUGUUCGUUUUUCUGACGCUGAUGGACCGGUAUCCCAAGCACCGCGACCAUUGGCUGGCCAAGCAAGCGUGCGAGACCGCGAAGCGUUGGAUCACGUUUGCGCACGGUCGGGAACCUUGGGACGCGUACAGGCUCGAAGACGGACAGGACGAGAUGCAGGCAAGAAUCGCCAUCUGUGACGACUUCAAGGGGUGGCACGUCAAGACCCUCGAGGAGGACGAGGAAGAAAGUACGAUGUACCCGGCCGGACCGAGAAGGUACGCGGCGUGGAAAGCGUACAACGAGGCAUUGGACGCACUGAGGGAACCGGGUAUGAGUGAAGAGGAAGGUGAGAAGAAAGUGGAAAGUGCCAGGUUCAAAGUUAUGAUGUACUUGUUGUCGCCGACGAGGAAGGUUGGAGAUUGAGACGAUGGGUGCGUUGUUGACGGAUGAGUUGAUGUAUCUUAUCUACAUUCGAAGAUUGAGAGGAUGUGGUACAUGGUACUCUUGUUGACGUACGAGCAUCGAUGUCUAGUAUUGUCUUCGUGAAGCGAGAGGUAGGGACUGUUAUCUUCUUUAGUCAGCAAUAUCAGCGAACAGGCGACGAUCAUCAUG